CGCAGGUUUGAACACUUUUAUUUUGAGACAUUUGGAAUCUAUAGCUCCAAAGAUGUCAGUGAAAAAUAAAGUGUGCAUUCUUAUGUGGGACGAGGUAUCUAUUCAACCCAAGAUCACAUAUGAUAACCGUAAGGAUAUCAUAUCAUAUGUGGACUUGAGGAUUGGGGCAAUAAUCGCACCGGAAAGAUGGCUGAUCACGUUUUGGUAUUUAUGCUUCGCGGAUUAUACAUGGGCUGGAAGAUGCCCAUUUCUUAUAAUUUUUGUUGCAAACAAACAAAUACAGCGCAAUUAGUGCGUUGUAUUAAAGAACGUGUUUCCAAAAUAAACGAUCUAGGCUUUCACAUCGUUGCAACAGUUUGUGACCAGGGAUCUUCGAACAUGGCUGCAAUAAAGGAACUGCUACUGCGCACGGACAUGAAACGCAAGUCUUCUGAAGGAACUCAGAGUCAAACGUUUGAAGUGAGGCAAUAUGUAAUUGUUCCCUUAUAUGACGGACCACAUCUCAUCAAAGGCGUGAGGAAUAACUUAUUAACAAAGGACCUAGCGAUGAGCUGCGAGAAUAGCGUACCAGCGAAAAUUGCAUCGUGGGACAUAAUUAAGACUGCGUGGAUUAUGGACAGAGAGACACACAAAAUUCGACCGCAAUUAAAAAAAAUUAAAUAUGUUGUUCGCCACGAAGACAAGGACUUAAAAAUAGAGGAAAACGAAGGACUUGCGGAAAGUGUUAACUUUUUCAACGACUUAUUUGACAGUGUGAAUGGAAGUGAUAAAGAGUGUGUUGAAGACAAUGACCUGCGACAAGCGAUGAGUGAAACAAGUGUUCAUCAUGUUUUCUGGGUAAGUGCAAAAUAUUACGCGAAAUGAAAUAUGUAGAUAAGAUUUCACGUUAAAUUAUUAAGAAUGUGCCAACUGUUACAAACUGGAAAUUCACUAUAGACGGGUUUCAAAAAUUAUGAGAUAUUUUACAUUCACAAUUUGGUUUUCAUAAAUUAAAUGCUCGAUAUUGUAAUCAAGAUCCGCUAGAAAAUUUUUUUGGUCAAAUUAGAAGUCAUGCAGUUCGUCAUAUUAACCCAACUCCUUCACAGUUUGAAGAGUCGUAUAUCACUCUAUUACUAAGCAACAUGAAGUCAGUAUCUAUAGUUGGCGAUAAUUGCGUGGCCGUUGAUGAUAACUCUGUUGUUAUCAUUAGAAGAGUGUUUGAAAGGUGACUUUUCAGACAUGGAAGUGCAUGAUGUCGCUCGCAAUGACAACGGCGAUGAUGAAGUGCAUGAUUUUGUAUCGAAUAAUACAGUAGAUAAUAGUAUUUCCGUGUCAAUUUCAGAUUAUUCUCGCGUAAUGAUAAUUUCAAUUCUAAAAAAACUUAACAAUUGCUCGGAAUGCGAAUCAUGUUUCAAAAAUAGUGAAUUUUUUGUUUGCGCGAAACAAAUAGUCAAUCGAAUUUUUAAAUUGUUAAAAACAAGAAGUAAUAGGCGAAACAUUGAGCAAAAUUUUAUACAACAUUUUAAAGAAUGGGAUAGGAAUAUGAGUUGGCAUGAGUGUAUUGAGCAUAGUGGUAAAAUAUUUGAUAUUAUGAUUCACGUAAUUAUUGUUCAAUGUAUUAUUUGGUGGUGUAGAGACAAAAAUUUUAUGUUAAAAAACACUAAUAUUAAUUCCUUAAUGCGC